AAGGAAAAUAAACCUUUCCAGGAGGAAUGGGUGGUCAGCAAAACCGUAUAUGAAUGGCACAGGAAAGACAGUAAGUCACUGGCUCUGGUUGAGGAUUCAGAAUGGGAGACAAGCCUAUCUGGGAGCAGAUUGGAUCCAGCUUUGUACAACAUUACUACCAACUUUUUGAUGCGGACAGGACUCAGUUAGGAGCAAUAUAUAUUGAUGCAUCAUGCCUUACGUGGGAAGGACAGCAGUUCCAGGGCAAAGCAGCCAUUGUUGAAAAACUCACUAGCCUCCCUUUCCAAAAAAUACAACACAGCAUCACAGCACAAGACCACCAACCUACACCUGAUAGCUGUAUACUCAGUAUGGUAGUGGGACAGCUUAAGGCUGAUGAAGAUCCUAUCAUGGGAUUCCACCAGAUAUUUCUAUUAAAGAACAUCAACGAUGCCUGGGUUUGCACCAAUGACAUGUUCAGGCUAGCACUGCACAACUUUGGCUGAACUGCCCAUCCCGAGGCACCCAGGCUUUUAUUUUUAUUUUUAUUUUCUUUUUUUUCAUCCCCUUUAUUUUUUUUUCCUUUUUUUUCUUUUUUGUUUUUGUUUUCCUCCUCUCCUCUUAACUGGUAUUACUCACACUCACGGAACAUUCCAAAUAUCAUACACAAACCUGCAGCACUGCAGAGCGUGAGCAAGCAAGACUUGUGACCUGCCCUUCUGCUGAGUUUACAUUGUCACUAGAUGAGUUUCUUGUGCAUGAUGUUUGGAAGUUAGACUUAGCUGCAUUUGAUAAGAGAAAUUUGUGUUGUACCAGCAUGCCUCGGAAAGAAUUUAUAAUGCAAAAGGUUGUUGUUUAUGUACUGACAAGAUGCUCUAUAACCCAAAGAAAUGAAAGAACAGCAGCCUGUACAGCCCAGUUAUUGAUUUGUUCAGAUGUUUCAAUGCUACAUUACACAAUAAAACAGAGAUUUUCUUAAAAGUUUAAAUUA